CCGUUUGCGUGACAAGGCAGGUUUCUGCCAGAGAAAUGCAGACUUUAUUUUUCUGCCGUGCACCAGCGCAAUUGUAGUUUGUAUUGUUUCCGUUUGUCUGCUCACUUCACUGGAAAUGUACCCGUUUGCAGCUUUUGCCAACAAUUGUUCUUUUUUAUCAGUGGAGGAAUGAUUUGGAUUAUAUCUGAGUUGAAGAGGAAACACCUGCUGCCCCUGGCUUGUUUCUGCUGAUCUUUAUGUGCCCUCAAUUUCCCAACUGAGUAUAGUGAUGGAAGCUUAACAUAUUAACUUUCCAGGAGGAGGCUGAUAAAGAGAAACUUUUACUUUGGGACUAAAGAUGAAGUCAGCUGGGCUGAGCGCGACGGUCCUGGCGCUGCUGCUUUCUUUAAUCGCAGUGUGCGUGCAGGGCGGCUUUGUGGAGCCUCCUGAGCCCAUCACCUCCCAGCGCUCCCUGACAGAGGGUCAAACCAGACUCCCCUGUCAAUAUCAGGUGAAGGAUGGAGACAAGGUGGUGCAGGUCACCUGGUAUAAGGACCUUCCAGAUGGCGGCAAGGAUCAGAUUAUCACAGCCCACUUCAUAGAUGGCCAAACAGAGUUUGGGCGUUACUCUGGUCGGGUGAGGUUCGAGAAUGGCAACCCCAUGCAGAACUCAGCUCUGAUUAUCCUCGUCACAGAGCGGUCUGAUGAGGGCAGCUACACCUGCCAUAUCUCCACCUUCCCCAGUGGAAAUUUUGAGAGGAAGAUCACCCUCACCAUCUGGAGUUUACCCAUCUCCUCUCUGGAUCCAAUAACCCUCGUGGAGGGCCAGUCCUUCCGUGUGGCUGCCACCUGCCGAGCCAUAGGUCACCCAGUUCCCGUGCUCUCCUGGGACACAGACCUGCCAGGACAGGACCAGAACCGCACCAGUGAGAAUGGGCCAGUGUCCAGCUACUACUCCCUAUACCCCCUGCGCGGCAUGAACGGGAAAAAGCUGGACUGUUUGGUGUGGCAUCCCGGCUUGGAGGAGCCGCGUAGGAUCCGCAACCGCUUGGAGGUUCAGUACCCCCCAGAUGCCACGAUCACUACAUCUUCAUCUCACUGGUACGUGGGUGUGGAGAAUGCUGAACUGAUGUGUGAAGGCAGGGGACACCCCAAACCUCAGAACUUCACCUGGAAAUGGAAAGGAGGGGCACUGCCUGACGGGGUGUCUGUGGUUGGAGAGAAGCUUGUCUUUCAGCGGCCCAUUCACUUGAGUGACAGCGGGGCCUAUGAGUGUGAGGUCAAGAACAAUGUGGGAAUAGGAAAAACAGAGUAUAUACUCAGUGUAUUGGAGUGCGAUUUCCCUAAAAAUAACCUGCUGCUCAUCAUAAUUUGCGCCUCAGCUGGAGGUUUAGUCCUCGUCCUGGUCGCCGUCAUCUUGCUGGUCAACUGCCACCAUCGAAGGAAAACGGAUAGGCUUAAGAGGGAGCUUGAUGUUAAAAACGAUGAAAUUAACAGCUUCUCUAGACAAGCCUCUUUCAGGAGACUAAACUCUGUCAGCACAGACUACAGAUUGCCGGGUGAAGAUUAUACCACGCUCAGAGUAGACAGCCGAAUAAAGAGCAGCCUCAUGUCUCUGGAGCGUACCCACUCCGUUCUGGGUUCGAGGUGGGGGCCUCCAGAAGGGGUGGAGCUGGACGAACUGGGACGGCCAGUCGUCUGGAGUGAAGUCAGAGAGAGCCCGGGAGGAGCAGAGAUUGACAGAGAGAAGGAGGAGCACAGGAAGAGGGUGGAGUCAUUCGUGAAGAGCAGUAGCAACAUGUCACUGGACUCAGGUCUUCCUUCAUCUCUGGUUCCCCUGAAGGCCCAGCAGGACGACGGCAGCGGGCCCAGAGAGCCAGACACAGGCCACCCCAGGGAGGGAGAGGACUGGGAGGCUCCCGCACACUCUGUAGCAGAAGGACACAAUGAUGACGAAGAUGGCAGCGCCUACCAGUUCUCAGAGACACUUGCCAAUUAUUUUGACUACAGUAAUGGGGUCCUCAGGCCCAAGCCACAAAGCAAUGCCAUUCUGCUGCACCCCAGAGGACAGCUGAUCUAGACGGGACUCUCAUCCGUAACAUGACGAGAGACGGCUGGUCUGUACCUCUGCAGUGACUGUGACUUUUUGAUGUUUUUUUUUUUUUUUUAAAUAUACUGAAUGGGUCGUUUGUCUCAGGUACUACCCCAAUGCUGAUAACUCUUGCCUUUUUAUUUGAGAGAUUUUUCUUUAUUUCUUAAAAUCACUGGGAAGUUUUCAGUUUUUUUUUUUUUUUGAGCAUUUUAUGAAUUAAACAGUCAGUAAUAUAAAAGGAAGAUGAAGAACGACGCUGGGGGGAAAAAAAAGUCUCCAGCCUGAUUGGAAUUGGGAAUAUUAUGGUUCAAGGUAGAGCUACUGAAAUGUUUUGAACCUAGAUUAUUUUUAAGUUCCACUAAUAUUAAGUGGAUAAAGUGUUUUGCCCCAAAGGUAUGCAAAUGAAUUUUUUUUCUAUUCUUGAAUGUGUAUUAAGAAUCCUGUUACACAAUGUUUGCUAUGUUCUGUACAAAUCUGAGUUUUGCAUCCAGUGCUUUUAGUUUAAAUACAUGUGAAUACAUACAAAGCCCUCAAGAAUCCUGCCUCACACUCAUGGUGUCUCAUAUCUAAAUCCCUCAUGGAGAGCAAUAUGUAUAUAUCGAAUACGUCUGCAUACACUGAUUAGUCACAGCAUUAAAACUACUAAGGGUGAAGUGAAUAACAUUGACUCGCUUGUUACAAUGCUUUGAUCGGCAGGGAAAUCUUGGGUCAUGGUGCAUAUUUUGAGCCACACCACAUCACAAAAAAGAGCGCAAGGUGCUGGCCCAACCUCCCAACUCCUCAGAUCCAAAUCAAAUCAAGUUUUUGCGGGAUAAUGCAGACCAAGUGUGGUCCACAGAUGGCCCAAAGGAUCAGCUAAAGAUGCCCUCAGAGGUUCUGUGUCCAUGCUGCAAUGGACCAGGCCUGUGUUUACAUUGUUUCCACAACAGUUCCUACACAUUAUUAUUGUUAUUAGGUGAUUCUAAUGUUAAUGUCUGAUUGGUGUGUUUGUGUAUACAUGUUUAUUAGUGCACCUUUAACAGGUCAAAAAACAAAUGAAGAACUCAAGAGGCAAGGUUGAGUUAUUUGACCAGCUGGUGUUUUGUAGUAUCAUCUCUGUGUUUUUACUGCUCACAGUGGGUGAACUGUAAAUACUGUCUGUAUAAAAACAUUGUGAUGCCACAAAUGCACUGUAAAUAUUUUUUUUUAGAGAAGCUUAAAGUGAUAUGUAAAUGUUGAGAUCUUUAUUUGUAAAAGUACAGCUUAAAGUCUUUUUUUUUUUAAUUGUAACCUGGGACAUUUAAGCUACUUCUGACCAUCAUGAAAUGGCAGAAAUUUUAUGGAUUAUUCUGUGAG